AUGAAUUUAAAUUUAUUUUCUCUGCAUCAUAUUCUAUUAAAGGGAAUUAUUGAAAAUGGUUAUGCACCAUCAAUUGAAACUCUUUCAAUAAAUUUUCAACGAACAAAACAAGAUAUAAUACAAUGUCUUAAAGAUCUUGAAGAAUAUCAUGGCGUUGUAUUACAUCCUAAAACAUCUGAAGUAUGGAUUAUUCAUCCAUUUUCAUUAUUACCAACGAAUUUUUGGGUUGAAACAUCUAAAUGUCAAUGGUGGGGAAAUUGUGCUUGGUGUAGUUUAGGAAUUGCUGCAAUUUUAAAUGAAGAUGUAACUAUAACAACUACAUUAGCUGGAGAAUCAAAACAAAUUAAAAUUUCUAUUAAAAAUGGACAAAUAAUUACAGAUCAAUGUUUAUUUAUUCAUUUUCCAAUUCCAAUGAAAAAUGCUUGGGAUAAUGUUGUAUUUACUUGUAGUGUAAUGCAAAUAUUUUUAUCAGAAAUUGAUAUCGAUAAUUGGUGUAAACGUCAUAAUUUUCCUAAGGGUGAUAUACAACCUAUUGAAAAUAUAUGGAAUUUUGCUCGAAUAUGGUAUGGAAAUCAUUUACAACAAGAUUGGAAAAAAUGGACAAAUGAACAAGCAAAAUUAAUAUUUGAAAAAUUUAAUUUAACUCAUAAUAUAUGGGAUAUUCCUCAAACAGAUUCACGAUUUUAA